GCCCCAAGCUCCGCCCCUCGUCGCCGGCCCCGCUCCCUUCCCGCUCGCUCCGUCAGAAGCCGGCCGUCUCGCUCUCUGUCCACAGACCGGUGAUAGACAGUCGUCGGUCGUUCCACCCGAGAGCACCGGUCUCCUGUCACCAUGAACCUCGAUAUCCAGUGUGAGUGCCUGAGUGACACACAGUGGAAGGAGCUCCUGCCCCAGAUGCAGCAGGUUGAGGUCAUCAGGCUGGAUGACUGCGGCCUCACGGAGGUCCGGUGCGAGGACAUCAGCUCUGCCCUCCAGGCCAACCCCUCGCUGACGGAGCUCAGCCUGCACAACAGUGGGCUGGGCGACGCCGGACUGCGCCGGUUGCUGCAGGCCCUGCAGGGCCCCGCCCGCAAGAUCCGCAAGCUGAGCCUCCAGAACUGCUCCCUGACGGCGGCCGGCUGCACGGCUCUGCCCGGAGCAUUGCGAUCGCUGCCCUCCCUGCUCGAGCUGCAUCUCAGUGACAACACCCUGGACGAGGCGGGGCUGCGGCUGCUCUGUGAGGGGCUCCGGGACCCCCAGUGCCACCUUGAGAGGGUGCACCUGGAGUACUGUAGGCUGACCGCCGCCGGCUGCGAGCCCCUGGCCACGGCACUGCGGGCCCGGCCGGGCCUCAGGGGGCUGGUGCUGAGCAACAACGACCUCGGUGAGGACGGCGUCCGGGCGCUGUGCGGCGGCCUGCUGGGCGCCCGCUGCCCACUGGAGACGCUCAGGCUGGCGAGCUGUGGCGUCACGGCAGCCAACUGCAAGGACUUGUGCAGCCUUGUGGCCGCCAAGGACUCACUGCAGGAGCUGGACUUGGGCGAGAACAAGCUGGGCGACGCGGGCGUGGCCACGCUGUGUCCCGGGCUGCUCAGCCCCAGCUCCAGGCUCAAGACCCUGUGGCUCUGGGAGUGUGACAUCUCUGCCGAGGGCUGCAGGGAGAUCAGCCGGGUCCUGCAUGCCAAGGAGAGCCUGAAGGAGCUCAGCCUGGCGGGCAACGAGCUGGGGGACCAGGGUGCACGGCUGCUGUGCAAGGCCCUGAGGGAGCCGGGCUGUCGGCUGGAGUCACUGUGGGUGAAGACCUGCGGCCUCACGCAUGCCUGUUGCCCAGACUUCAGUGCGAUGCUGGCCCAGAACAAGUCCCUCCUGGAGUUGCAGCUGAGCAACAAUAGGCUGGGGGACACCGGCGUACAGCAGCUCUGCCAGGGCCUGGGCCAGCCCGGGGCCACGCUACAGAUGCUCUGCCUGGGUGACUGUGAGGUGACAGACAGCGGCUGCACCGCCCUCGCCUCGCUCCUGCUCUCCAGCCGCAGCCUGCGUGAGCUGGACCUCAGCAACAACUGCAUGGGUGACCCUGGUGUCCUGCAGCUGGUGGAGAGCCUCAGGCAGCCGGGCUGUGCUCUGCGGCAGCUGCUCCUGUACGACAUCUACCUGAGUGAGGCCGUGGACAACCACCUGAAGGCCCUAGAGGACAGCAAGCCCUCCCUGAGGAUCAUCUCCUGAGGCGUUCCCGCGGGGCCUCUGCACAUGUAUUCUCCAGGACGGAGCCUGGGUCUCCACUGCCCGCACUGCUGCCGGCCCCAGGGCAUGCUCGGCUCUCGGCUCCAGGUGUCCUUCCUCGCUGUGACUGAAGGAAACUUCCUGACUUAUUUCUGUGGAAAAAUCUUAGAUACUUUAUACUAAUUAAAGCGCUUUUUUGGCAGGAGUCCUGUCCUUCCUCGUGGGGCCCCGCACGACC